AUGAUGUUCAAGGACAUCCAAGCUUUGACAACACAAGGAACCAGAUUUAAGUGCCUCCUAAAAUACCAAACCAACCACGCAAAUGUCGAGGAGGGUAUAAAAUGCUCAAUAUUAUGUUCUCAAAAGGUUUACUACGAACUUGAUGAUAAACGAACAAAGGUACAUGCAAAAGAUGUUGCAAUAUGUAGGGUGGAACAAAUUUGUCCUUUCCCUUAUGAUAUUGUCCGACGAGAACUCAAACGAUAUCCAAGUAGCGAAGUUGUUUGGUGUCAAGAAGAACCAAUGAACAUGAGUGGAUACACUUAUGUUUUACCACAAUUUAUAACCUCGAUGAAGUCAUUAGGUAGGGGACGUUAUGAUGAUAUCAAAUAUGUUGGACGUGCUCUGUCUGCAGCCACAGCUAUUGGUUUCCUCAAGGUUUACCAUAAGGAGUAG